AUGGAGAGCAUAAGGCUUCAUUGGAAAGCAGGUGUAGAUGCACCGAGACGAGUUAGCCGUGGGUUUGCACCGGCAGGAAAAAAUACGAGCUCAGAGAAUCCAGGAACGUCAGCAUCGCUAUUACCAAAGACAGAUCUUGGCAAUAACAAUAAAGAUACGAAAUCUUCAUCCUGGGGGUCUUCGAUUUCGACCAUAACGGAGGAGCUUCCAAGUGCUGAUGUGCCAGAAGCCAUGACCAGAGUACCGUCUGCGUCGAGCGCUUCCCGAGUACCGUAUUGCUCUACCUCCGUGGGAUCGUCGCUUUCUUCGUCUUCGAAAAAGGACAACAGCAUGACUGAGGGCGCCAGAUUUUGGAAUACGUUGCCGCGGGCCGGCGAAACAUUACAUCUUCGAAAACAUUCCAUGAACGUGGCAAUCCACACCGUCAACGGCACACCAAAGCAAAUUGUGUACGACCCACGCCAUAAUCCACUAUGCCCUAAACUUGAGAUUUUUUACAUGUUCAACGCACAGUCGCCACCUUUGGAUGCUUACACACAUGCAAAAUUGAGACUAGAGUCCUUUGUCAAGUUUUUGGACACAUAUCAUAACUCCAGGAAAUUUGCUUCUGCGUGUCUACCCUUCAAUGUGACGAUAGCGCAUAACAGUUCCUCGAGCGGAUACCCUUCUUAUACUUCAGGCGUAUCGUACCAUGAGGUCGGGGAAGUACUGCAACUCUGGUAUCUGCAAGCUUUAAAGUUCUUGCUAGACAAGAAUUCGUUUUUGUUUUCUAGCGAAACUGUGGAAUACUUGAUCAAUUCUUAUCCCAGAAGAAUGGCCUCCAUCAAAAAUGACUAUAGGUUGAAACAAGCACCCGAGAGUGCUUUGGAAGAAACAAUCACCAGGGCGGAUAUUUUACUAGUACGAUGCUCGUUGGAAGAGGAGUUCGGAUGGCAACUUGCCUUAGAUGAGCCUAACUGGAACGUAGUGGAUCUGUUUGUAGACUUUUCACGUCUUCGCAAACCUUCUUUUGAUACCGGACAGGAGAAACACUCAGAUGAUGAUGAUCACACUGUUGAUGCUAUGGAUGGGUCAAAUCUUUUUUCAAGCCCUUCUGAAAGCUCUAUUUCCAGCGCAGCCAGCAACGAUUCGGCACGGAAUUCCUCUUUAAAUAAAGAUGAUGAGGAACCAAGCAUAGAUGACGUUAGUCCCACUGCUAAAGACUCAAAAUCCAUGACUGGGACGACGCAAGGGACUGAAGACGGCGUUAUCAGAGUGCUGGAUUGUGUAGGUCGCGAUCUGGAGCUGUUGUGGAAAGCAAAGAAACUACCUCAAGAGUAUAAAGGAGCCAGUCGCAGUUCGAGCGUUUCGCCCUCCCCAAGUCAAGAAAACGUGCCGGAACAGUCUUCGGUUAACAAAAGUAAAUCUGAUCAGCAAGGCCUGAUAGCGAAAGGUUCAUCUGCGCUUGGGUUAUCCAAUUUUUUCAGAAGAAAGAACUCACAUACUGCUGCUGAAAAGGUUGAUGCUCCAGUCAGCACUCGCCAAUCGUCACCAAGUGAACCGAUCAAAAUGAAUCUAAACAUUCAAAAUCAGUACCUGGAGGACUACUACUCAUCGACGUUGGCGAAUUACAGACGAAUUGUGCCACCCCACCAAAGUUUAUUCACGCGCGCUGAUGUUCCAAAGGAGUAUAUGAACCGCAAAAAAAGUGGGAAGUCGAAAGUAAAGUCCUACCAGGAAGAUUUUCUGCGCGUUCGGCUUCCGCUCGAGGACAAUUCGUUUCCAGUAGUAAUAUGUCCUGACAUAUGGUUCACGGUUGAAUUAAAGAGAUGGAAAGGUUUUUUGAGCGAAAUUUUUAGAUGCAUCAAACCUGGUGGCUACUUACAGACAUCUACCUGCAAUUUCUCUCCAGUUAAUGACUUCAAUGAUGUUGAGAACUCAUCCGCCCAAUUCACUACUAGUGCAGAAAUGAGAAAAGUCAAAGAUGUGAUUCUAAUGGGAGCAGCCCAGGCCGGUAUUCAGGUGUAUCCCAUGAGACAUCUCGUUCAGGUGCUUAAAAAAGUAGGCUUCAUUAAUAUAAAGCAUUCCGUCAUCAGUCUCAAAAUUGGCGAUCUUACUUCUAAUAUGGGAAUGCUGUUCGAGUUUCUGGCACUACGCCAGUUUGACUUUCAGCUUCGAACAAACUUCCUCACGACAAGCACAACACCAGAAGGAACUGACCCCGCAUCGUUGCCAUUGAGAUUUGUCCAGGAACAUAUGGGCAAGGCGGAUGAAAGUGCUGGAGUUUUACGUUUUGUUCUUCUAACUGCCCAAAAGCCAGAUGGCCCGAUUAACGCUUAA